GUUGUCGAGUGACUGCUUCCGGGUUGCCGGGUGACCUUGAGCCUUCAGAAGCGAGAUGGCGAGUCUCUGGAGGUUGAGUGUCCUGUGCGGUGCGCAAGGAGGCCGAGCUCUGUUUCUCCGAAUCCCGGUGGUCAGACCUGCUCAGGUCUCAGCAUUUCUCCAGGACCAGCCUACCCCAGGAUGGUGUAGAACACAGCACAUUCACCUGUCACCCAACCACUAUUCUAGUUCUAAGGCUGCAUCUCUCCACUGGACUGGUGAGAGGGUUGUCAGUGUUUUGCUCCUGGGCCUAAUUCCAGCUGCUUAUUUGAAUCCUGGCUCUGCGAUGGACUACUCCCUGGCGGCAGCCCUCACUCUCCACAGUCACUGGAGGUGCAUCAAAGGAGCGGACAUCUUCAGAACCGCUGACGGAACUGCACAGCGAGGCACGAGCUUGUCCUUUCUCGAGGAACUCUCUCGUUUAGACUGCAGCAGCCAAGCGAAAGUCCUUCAGACUUUCCUCAGGGCAUCCGUGACACUAGCUCCCAUGGUGACCCUUCCAGGAACAAUGGAUGUGUUGGUGACGGAGGCAUCGUCCAGCUACAAAUGGCAAGGGGGCUGGAGUCUCUGUCUCUCUCUCUCGACACUGUACGCACACAGGCUUCCUGUACACUUAAGCCGGGCAGAGGGUCUCGAGGAGACUGAACUGGACUUGCCCUUUGGGGGCCGCGCAUUACAUUUUUGGGGGAGUGCAGUGUUCACACCUCCAACCGUGCAGUUGAAUACUGCAGUUACACUGAGUCACGAUUUACACAUGUAA